AUUUCAAAAAUCUUUCAUCAAAUCGUUCUUUUUCUUGUUUCCACUUUGAUCCGUACUUGAAAUGUUUUAUUGGUUUGGGUGAUAAACAAAGAUUAUACACUUGUAACUGACCCAUCCGUAAACGUUAACAAUACGGUCAAUUGUUUCUGAUUUCGUGACUUUUAAUCCAAAAAUGGUAUCAUUGAUUAUUGUGAUUAAUUCUCGAAUUCAAUAUAAAUUGAAUCAUUUUCCUGUUCUGUGAAUAUAUCACUCAAUAAUUGUAUUUAAUAUUGAUGAGCCAUUCACACAUGAUUACUGUAAUUUGAUUGUCUGUGUAUCAUGAUGAUAGCUUCAAUCUAAUUCAUGAUUUCUAGUUGAGAAGGUUAAAUCUGGAUUGCAAUUCAAUAAUGAUUUAAAUUUGACACAUCACGUUUCCAACAUUUACAAUUUACUUGCGAUUAAGAAUGGUUAAAGCUAGAAGUCAAAUUAAACAAAGGAAAAAUAAAGGUAAACAGGUUCAACUUGAUUUAGUUAACCUCUAACCAAUCAUCAGCCAUUAUUAAUAUCUCAAUGAUCCAUGAUCCUAAACAACACAAGGAACACAUUCAUAAUUUAGUUUUACCUUUUUGGAUAAUAUAUAAGGUAACUAGAGGCGACUUAAUUAACUGAACUCUCAGCAAAAAGGUUGAACUUGUUCAACUCCUAAUUAUUUUUGUUAUGGGUUAAACUUAAAUUGGUUCAUCUUGAGGCAAAUCUCUGAUUCAAUUAAAGAUUAGGAGUGUUGGGAUUUAUUUUAUUCAACCGUUUCACUCACUAUUCACCAAAUAUUAAAACAAAAAGGAUAAAAAGUGCUAAUCUUUUAAUCAAUAAUGUAAACUAGUUAACUCUUGCUACUGUAACCAAAAAAGAUUGUAUAAACUCCUAUGAAAGAAGAGGUCAGAAGGCAGAAGAUUAAGAUUGUUAUAAAGCAAACUGAUUUAAUAAGGCCGAGUGUCAGUAUUUCGUAAAUAUUGUUGAUUUCCCUGGGUCAAGAAGUGGAAGAUGAUGUGGAUGGAAGAAACCGAAGGUAGAGACCAAAAAAAUGAUGUAAAAAAGAGGGAAAAAAGGUAAAAAAGAUAAGGAGAUUUGGGUAAAUAAGGAUGAGGAUGAGGAUGGGGAUGAUGGUCUGAAUGAUGUUGGUUUGAAUGAAAAAGAAGUUUAACGAGUAGCAACUAAAUCCAGUUUAACUUCCCUUAUCAUAAUCAUCUUCAUCACCAUCAUCUUUCACGGUUACAUUUUUACACAAUUUUUUCACCAUUUAUUAUUUGGUCGAUCAUCUUUACUCAUCAACAGCCAGAAGUAAUGUUAAUAGUGGCCUAUAGACUUUUGUUUAUCAAUCAUCAGUCCAUGUCAACAUUAUUUGAUUAAUUAAUCAUCACUCUUCAUCGUCUGUUGUUGUCUACCAGUGUAAUUGAUACUUAUUAACCAUCAUCCUCAGUGUGUUGGCCGAAAAGUCAUGGUCAACCGGAAUAACGCGCACUUUGUUUUGUUUGUUGUUGCUUUUGCAUCAUUCAAUAUUUGGAUAAUUCCAGUUUAUUCAAUUGUCUCCCAAACAGGAUGUGAGUGUCUCAACAAAUUAGGAACCAUCAGAUUCUCAUGUAAUGGUGUCAAUGUCAAUGGAUCAGCGUCUGGUCAUCAUUUUAUUGAUCGUUACUGCAUUGAAAAGGCAGCCAGUUAUGUACCCAAGAAACUCGAGAUGGCCUUUCACGGUGGAUCUAUGUUGACCAUGAGAGAUGACACUUUCCAACGGAUCCCUAAUUUAUCAGCCGUUAAAAUUGCAUUCACUGAUUUAUCUAACAUAACCUGUAAUUUGUUUUCCAACCUUCGUCAACUAGAGACUCUUGAGUUAUGGUAUGACCAGAUAAACUUCAUAUGCGAAACCUCAUUCCGUGAUUUAUCCAAUAUCAAGACAAUCACCUUAUCAGGGAACAAACUACACAAUAUUCCCUCUGGUUUAUUCCGAGAGUUGAAAAAUUUAACCAUUCUGGAUUUAGAUGCCAAUGAUAUCGACUCCAUCUCAUCGGAAACCUUUAUUGGCUUGGCUAACUUGAAUAUACUAAAUCUCAAGAAAAAUAAUUUGUCUGAUAUUGCUUGUUAUGCUUUCAAUGAGCUCAGAGGCUUACAAGAGUUAUCAUUGGGUUCCAACAGGAUCACAACAGUUUGUGACAAUGGUUUUGAUGGUUUACUCACAAUUCAAUCUAUUGACAUGUCGGACAACAACAUUAGCUUCGUUCCAGAUAAAUGUUUACAAUCUGUAACCUCAUUGAAGGCACUCAAUCUUUCCAAAAACAAAUUAAAGCGGAUUCCAUCUCGAGCAUUUGACAAGUUAACCAACCUCAAGUAUCUCAACUUACUUGAGAAUCGUAUUGAAUACAUUGAUAGUGAAGCUUUUGCUGGUCUCAUCAACUUGGAAGGCCUGUAUUUGAAUGAAAACAAUUUGGAAAUUAUUGUCCGUAAAACAUUUACUGGUUUAGAUAAUUUGAAAACACUUGAUUUGGUUGCUAACAAAAUCCGUGAUAUUGAAGCAAUGGGAUUAGCUGAUCUAAUUGAACUGAGAAAUCUUGACUUGUCUCGGAAUACAGUUCAUAAAUUGAAAAAGGACAUGUUUUUUGGCCUAAACAAAUUGGAAUCAUUGGAUUUAAGCUACAAUAAGAUUGAUACCAUUGAGUUGGAUGUUUUUGAGCCAUUUGACAAUUUACGUUCCCUUGCUUUGGGUAAUAACAAGUUGACCCGUCUGGAUGCUGAUCUGUUGAAAGGGUUGAAGGCUCUCAAGAAUCUUGACUUGAAUGGUAAUGAGAUAGCAACUAUAUCGCCAAACGCAUUCACUGGUUUACCUGAAUUAAAUUCACUGGAUUUGUACAAUAAUAAGAUUACUUCACUAAAUGGUAACAUCUUUAUACCUUUGGCUAACCUGAAUGAACUUAAAUUGGGAGUCAAUGGAAUAUCCAAGAUUGAACCAUUCACGUUUAAAGGACUCAAAAAUCUUCGGACAAUUGAUUUACGCCUAAACUCAAUCAAUGUUAUCGCAGAUCGUGCCUUCAAAGAUUUACGCAAUUUAACUAACCUCGAUUUGGGACACAAUUACAUUUACACUCUUUCAAGUCAAACCUUUGUUGGACUCAAUAAUUUGAAAAUUUUAAACCUCUUCCAAAACAAGUUAACCUUUAUACCUAAAAAUGUCUUCUCUGAUUUGGUUUCUCUUCAAAGACUCUACCUUCACAACAAUGCCAUUAUGCAAGUGCAAGACAAUUGUUUCUCUAAUUUAGCUAAUCUUCAACUGCUCAACAUGAGACUCAACCAGCUUGGUUAUAUUACCCGAGGAACCUUUUUCAUUGAAGAGCGUAACAAUACUAAUCCAGUUGUGAUUAACUUACGGAACAAUAAAAUGAAAGCUGACCAAAUACGUAUGGAUGCCUUCCUUAAAAAUAAGUCGAGAAAAGUUCGAUUGGAAUUGCAACAAAAUUUAAUGACUUACAUACCAGAGGAACCGUUCAGACUUUUCCUGGCUUUGGGCAACAGUCUUCAUGUAAUUGAUCCAUCUGCACCCAAUUCAAAUCCUAUUGAGUGUGAAAAUAAACUGAACAAAUGGUGGCUGGAUGAUAGAGAUAACAAUCCACGAUUAUAUCAAGAUUUUGGCUGCAAAUGAAUUUUUCAAAAGCAUUUAAUGGUUUUGUUUGAAACUGCCAAUUAGCUUAUGGUCCAAUUUUAAACGUUUAGACUAAUCAAAAUACCUUCUCGGCUAACCGUUUAUUAUUGACUAAUUGAGGGUUUGAUCAACUUUGCUAUAAACAGUAACCACUGAUAUUUUGGCUUUCACAAAUUUUAAUUCAACUUGUUGUUCAAUCAAAUAUUUAUACAAAUCAUUUUCCUGUCAUAAUUUAUUUUAUUUAUUAAUUUAUCUAUUUAUUAAAUGUAAUUUAAUUUUGGUUACUGUCAACAGUUAGCGCCUUCUAAAGAAAUCAAAAUGUAUUACAGUAAAACUUCAAUAAAGUUGAUUUAUUUAUUAAUUUUCAACAGUCCAUUAAAAAGUGCUAUUCUAUACAUUGUAGUUCAUAUUAAUAUGAAAAAAGAUGCGCAUUAAUUUGCAAGCCUAAAUGUUUUUCAACGUCUCUUCAUAUCCAUUCAAUUUGAAUUAAGUUUGGUAUUUCAUAUCAAAACAAAACAAAAAAGUCUACAACACCGGGGGUUCCCAAGUGGUCUCCCUCCCAAGUACUAACCCGGCCCGAAACUGCUUAACUUCGGAGAUCGGACGGGAUCCGGUGCUUUCAGUCUGGUAUGGUCGUAGACACUAGAAAGGUUCAAUAGUGCAAUAUAAACAUAAAGACUUAUUUUAAC